UAUAGAUGCGUACAGAUCAUAAUAACGAUAGACCAGACGUUAGCAAUACAUCUGUGAACUUGUCGGUUAUAUUUUGUGCUAUGCGUAGGAGUAUUAGUCUUGUAUUUUUUUAACCCGUUCUUUAACGAGAUCGAUUAAUAACUUUUUUUUAUCGUUUUAUUAUUACUGCGCGACAGUAGUAAAUUUAUGAUGAGUCUAAGUGAGCUGUUAUAAUGCUGAGAGUACAUCAUCCUAAGACUGUGAAUGGACCUUUGAUAGCGUAAUUGCCAUAAUCAAGUAACAGCAGACACAUUGAUGUUUAACACGAGCAAUUUCAGGCAAUUGGCCUUUAUCGUUUUGACGGCACUUGCAGUGAUUCAGGCAGGUAUUUGCAGAAAUAUACAUUUUAAGUUACCCAAUGUUCCAGACAUCGUGCAUCCGCCAAUUCCUUCAGAAACUGAAAUCAGCACUGACGAUUUGGAAGCUUUUGAAUCAGCAGAGGAUUUUGACCCUGAAGUAAAACCAGGCUUGUUUCAAGGAGAUAUGGCUUUAAAUAAUGAGAUUUUCGAUUAUUGGCGGGUUGGAUUGCGAUGGGAUAUAUUUCCAGAAAAACUUUGGUUAAAUCGAACAGUACCUUACUUGAUAAGUCCUUUAUACGAAACUGAACAUCGUCUCCUCAUUUAUAAAGCCAUCAGAACGCUAAACUUUUUUACAUGCAUUAAAUUUGUACCUUGGAAUGGAAAACUAAAGGAUUAUUUGUUAAUUUGGCCAGUCAAAUACCCAGCAGGAUGCUGGUCUUAUGUCGGCAGAUAUGGUGGUCCUCAAAUUGUUUCAUUACAACCUCCUGAUGAAACUGGACCUAACUGUUUAGGUACUGACGGUAGACCAAUCCAUGAAUUAAUGCAUGCAUUGGGUAUUUUCCAUGAACAAUCAAGAGCUGAUAGAGACAAAUUCGUAAAAAUCAAUUUUGAAAAUAUAUUACCUCGAUAUCGAUCAAACUUUGACAAACAGAGUCUUAAGAAUACAACUUAUGAAUUUGAGUAUGAUUACGAUAGUGUUAUGCACUAUGGCAAAAAUUUUUUCAGUGUUGGUAAAGGCAAACCUACUAUGGAACCGAAAAUACCUGGAAAAACAAUAGGUCAGAGGAAAAUGUUGAGUAAAACUGAUUGCUUAAAGAUAAAUAAUUUGUACGAUUGUUUGGGAACAGCACCUAAAUUUAAUCGAAAGUAUUACAUGUUGUGUAAUCAUUUGGAAAUUUAAAACUACUAGUUUAAAAAAAAUAAUAAACAAUUACCUAAGAGCUAUAAUUUUUUUCCGGGACUACUUUUUUUUUAAAUUUUAUAUAAUAAUAAUAUAAUAUAAUAUACUUAUAUCAUAUUAUUAUUCUAUAAUAGAUGUAUAGUAUCAGUGUUAACUGUUUUAAACCGAUG